AUGGAAGCCCUAACGCAGCAACUUGACUGGCGAAAGCGUCCACUAGUCACAUUACUAGUUGCCCAUGCGGCACUAGUAUACUCUACAUACCUCCUCAACUCGAUAAGCCACCUGUUUGGAUCGAUUCGUCGUGAUGGAAUCGUGGGAAGUUUGCAAGUGUGGGCUGGAAAGCUCAUACAGGACAGUAUACUCCUGGUUCGCAGAGUCCCGUUAGCUAAUAAUGCCGUCAAUGAUGAGGUCGCUAAGAUUGUUAAAGGUCUUGAAGACCAGCUGGCUCCCAAAGUCGAGCCUGGUGAACUGGAAUAUCUAGCACUUCCAAGUAACGGGUUGAAUGACACACAAGUUCGUAAAGAGCUCGACAGAUACGAACGUAUGGGCCUUGUGAAAUGGCAAGAGGGUACCGUUUCUGGAGCUAUAUUCAGUACUGGAUUUGAAUUUGGCACGCUGUUACAGGACACAUUCGGAAAAUUCAGCGGAUCCAAUCCCCUACAUCCAGCAGUCUUCCCCGGCGUCCGCCGCAUGGAAUCCGAAAUCGUUCAAAUGGUGCUAAGAAUGUAUAACGCACCUGGAUCAGCAGCAGGGUCUGUUUCAAGUGGCGGUACAGAGAGUCUCCUACUCGCCGUGAAAACAUAUCGGGAUCUCGCUAAAGCCGAACGUGGGAUCCUCAAACCAAACAUGGUACUACCCAGAACAAUCCACGCAGCAUUCGACAAGGCCGCCGAAUACUUUAACGUUGAGAUCAUCUACAUCCCCGUUGACACCGAAACGGGACAAGUAAAUCUCGCAGCCAUGAGGUCAGCGAUUAACAGCAACACUAUUAUGAUUGCUGGGUCUGCACCAAAUUGGCCACACGGGAUCAUCGACGAUAUACCGAAACUGUCAGCAUUAGCACUUCAGAAGCAGGUGCCGCUACAUGUUGAUGCAUGUUUGGGAGGGUUUAUUGUGCCGUUUGUUGAGAAGGCUGGGUUUGCGCUACCGUAUGUAGUGGAUUUCAGGAAUGAGGGCGUUACCUCGAUUUCGUGUGAUUCUCACAAGUAUGGGUUGGCACCGAAGGGCACUUCUAUAAUAAUGUAUCGAUCGAAACAAAUCAGAAAAUACCAGUACUUUGUCUCGACAGAAUGGCCGGGAGGAGUCUAUGCGUCUCCUAGUAUUCCAGGAAGUCGAAGUGGUGCACUCAUAGCGACAUGUUGGGUUUCCAUGCUACGAAUCGGUGAAGACGGAUAUGUGAAACUGACGCGAGAUAUACUGCAAACUCAAUGUAAAAUCAAGGAGACCAUCUCAUCCAUCCCAACACUAAAACUAAUCGGUGACCCAAUCCUCAUGGUCGUGACCUUCACAACCACGAAACCUGGAGCCAUCUUUGGAAUACUGGCUGAAUUGGACUCCAAGGGAUGGCAUUUAAACGCUCAACAAAAGCCAGCAGCCAUUCAGAUUGCGUGUACCAGUCUUACGGUGCAGUGUGUGGACAAGCUGUGUAGUGAUAUACGGGAUGCAGCAGAUCGUGUUGACAAGGAUCCGUCUUUGGCAAAGUCGGAAUCAGCAUCGAUAUAUAGUGCUGUGAAUGUGGUUCCUGAUCGGACGAUUAUUCGAGAUAUCGCGAUUGGCUUUGUUGAUACCUUGACAAAGGUUUAG